CAAGCCCAUCCGCAACAACAUCAACAAACGCCGCUGCGGACAGCGGACUCAUGACUCCUCCUCUCUCCGUCAAAACAUUCUAGAACCUCCUAGAACCUCCGACCACCCGCCCCGUCUCUCCCUCUCCGCCUCUCCGAUGAGGUGGCUACCCAGGCUGCUCUCCCACGCAGCCGCGGCCGGGAGGGCCUCCGCGGCGAGGACCAGCAGCCACGUCAAGGGAGGAUCCCAUUCCAAUGGGUUCACGAGCGGCGGCGGAGGUGGAGGUGGGCCUGCGGUGCCCCGUGAGUGGCUGCGGAAGCUGUGGGCCGAGGAGCUGAGGAAUCAGAAGGAGGCCGCUAGGAGAUGGGGGGUAGGCGCGGCCGGGAACGUCGGCGGCGGCGGUGGUGCAGGGGGUUCGCUGGGUGCGUUUGCGAGUUCUGGGGAGGCCACGCCGCAGGUCGGGAGGGUGAGGGCUGGGGAAGCGGCCGGGGAGGCGCCGGCGAGGAGCUACCAGUACGACGGCAGGAACCUCAAGCCCGUCGAGGCCAAACUGGCGCCUCUUCUUGCAAGAGCUAACCUCGUUAUUGCCAGGGACAUCGAGUGGGCAAACAUCAUGUUUGCUUUCGAACAGGAGAGUAGAUAUAUCAUAAUGGAUCCACUCUUUCCACAAUCUCCUGUGGGUUUUAUUCGUGAGAAAAGCAAUGUCAUCUUUAGGCAGAUGCUUCGAUCAAGACGGCCAUUUGUUGCAGAGAUUACUGAUGCUAUGGGUAAUGAGAUAUUUACGGUUCGCCGGCCAUUUUGGUGGAUCAACAGCUCAAUUUAUGCAGAAGUGGAUGGUAAGGAGAUAGGUGUAGUCCACAGACGUUGGCAUCUAUGGCGCAGAAUUUAUGACCUGUACUUAGGGAAUAGACAAUUUGCUGUGGUCGAGAAUCCUGGUUUUUGGAACUGGACUUUUACCCUGAUAGAUGAGGAUGAUAAUGUAUUAGCUCAGGUUGAUCGUAAUUGGAGGGGAAUCGGCUUCGAGCUCUUCACGGACGCCGGCCAGUAUGCAAUUCGAUUUGGUGACGAGGGACAAAGCCGUAAAUUUGGCCUUGCUUCAAAUAUCGAAGAACUACAUGUUGUUCGACAGCUGACUUUACCUGAAAGGGCUGUGGCUCUUGCUCUUGCGGUGUCCCUGGACAGUGAUUACUUCUCUCGGAGAGGUGGAUGGGGACUUCCAUUUCUCAUUGCCACAGAGUAGAUACAUGAACCACCAUGUCCGUACACAAGGAAAAUUACUUUUAUCUCAUUAUGGAUUCCUGAAGAAGCCUAGCAGUAGUACUGUUGUCAGGCAAUUGAGAUAAUCGCAGAGGCAGGAAAUGAUUUAUGUGUGACCGUAGCCGGUUGCUCGCUUCAUCCUUCUGCUUCAUGUGAAACUUGAAAGCGGAGGUCGCUGAAGGAGUUUGUGCUUGCGUCUGACUUGCCUCUCUUCUAGCUCAAAGCGGCGAUUGCUUAAGUUUUUUCUUUCUUUCUUCUGUAUGCCUUGUGGAGGCAAUGCGAAUCCGUUUUGUUAUGGAGAUGUCAUACGUGCAUUGAAGUUUCUAGUAUCUAGUGCGAUCUACUGAAA